CGCAUCUCCGCGAGCAUCCCCUGUUCAACGACAUCGGCACAUGUGUGAGGUGCCUCGAUUACCUGGACCCGGAUACAUCGCUAGCUGAGAAGGCAUCACAAGGCAUACCUCGAAAGUUCAUUCACACUGGUUGGGAACGAGAUUGUGAUGAUGCUAAGGAA